GGGGGGGAAAUGCAGGUAGGACUUUCACUGGGCUAAGGAAAAUUGCACUGUAGCUUAUUCUACUGUUACUCAAAAUAUAUAUUUUAUAUUUUUGUACAUACUUCAGAGUGUCACGUUCCAUGUAGCACGUUGUUUAGUCCGUAGGAAACGUGUAUUGGAAUGUUGCUUUGUACAGCACCUUUACUACCCUGUCGCUAAGACUGCAGCUGCUUUUCUGAGGUUUACAUGAAUAAACUUUUACUCCUCUAUUUUCAUGUUUAGCACAAAACAUGUGGUAUGAAUUAGUAUUAUAAAGCAGAAGAAAGGAAAAAAGCCAACUGAAAUAUUUUCAUUUUAAUUUAUUUUUGGUUAACAAUGAAUUAAGAUUCCUCCAGUUAUUCAUAAUAAAACAGGUAGAACUAGAGCACUUUCUUUUCCCUAAAGCAUUGCUGGAGUUGGAUGUGAAAAAAAUGGUUGUAAUGUGAGCAGCAGCUGGUACCAAAUUAUUUAUAAAUGCAUUUAAAGUAGAUUUAAAAAGGUAGUGAAGUGUCUCUUCAGAAGGACAAUAUGCUUCAUACAUCUCAUGGAGUGGAGCAAAAACGUUACUCACAUGUCACUUCCAGUUCACUUUAAUUCUCAUUUAUGAAAUCUCGAGGAAAGAAAACUGCAUUAUUGAAGCAGAUAUGGAUGCACACUUUUUACAGAAAGAUAUGAGCUAAAUUGGGAUUAUUUGAUUGCCAUGUGAGAUGCAAAGCUGAAGCUAACAGUAGUGUAGAGUGUAAUUUGGAACUCAGUUCUUUUUUUCCGUGAGACAAAGGAGAUGGGAAUCUGUCCCAGUCUGCUUUAUGCAUAAGAAACCUUUUUUCCUGAGCUGACCCUCAAAUGGGACUGACCCACAGUGCAACACAUAUGCAGGUUAUAGAACCUUUCCUUAUGAAAAAUGUUUCUUGUUUACCAUAAGGCUCUUAUUUUUGCUUCCCGUUCUGUGAACCACAGCUGAAGCAUCUUUAUUGUAUGGAAUCACCCACAGGGCUCUUCAGCAUCUGGUCACAUUGCCUUACUACUUACCUUGCAAAUUUAAAUAAAAAUGAGAAAUAAAGGUAAAUUGGCAAACCAAAGGGAGUUGUAUGUUGUUCGCUUAGAAACUUCUUUCUUAAGCUUAGGUACAGCUUUUCUUCUGGAGGGAAAAUUAAAAACAAAGCAACCAACCUGAUACCAAGAAGAUGUACUUCUUUAUGAAUGGCAUCUUUGAAUGUGAUGUGUGGUUUUGUUUGCUUCUUACCAGAACAGUGUUAAAUAGUCCAGAUUUUAAAAGCUGACGUUUUCCUCUGCUACUAGAUUUUAUUAUUGCUUUCGUUGGUGUUUUUUACACAUUUCUUGUUUGUUUCCCAAGGAGUGUCCUGAACUUCUUGUAUUUCUCCUUAUGUGAGGAUUGUUUUGAACUUGUAAAUACUUAAGGGCUGUCAGUGGCUGUUUUAGCUGCUCAAAUACAUGAAACAGGCCUUGCAUGCUGUUUGUAAAUACAUCUGUUGUGUUAAAAGUUGUCUCUAUUUCAGUAUUUGCUUUCUCAAUACAAAAGGGAGAUUCACAUGCAAUAUAAGAUGUUUAACAAUUCAGUUGUAUGAGGGGCCAUUGCUGCCUUGCUCCUAUUAAUGUUGUUGGGAUUUCUGCACCCGGUUCCAUAUGUAUUUCAUUGAGAAUGAACACUGAAUGCAUCCAAUAAUUAGUGUGUGUUAGGUGACUUACCUUCUAAGGUGUACAUGUCAUAUCCUUGCUCUUGAGAUCUGGGAGACUGUUCUUAAGAUCUCUUAGCCCAGUUUUUACAAGACUUUUAAAGGGCUUACCUUGAAAGUUUGUUUCAUAGUAGCUGGAACUGGUUGUACAUUGGCAGCAGUUAAUUAAUAUUUUUUCCUCUGUACCAUAGUAGUGCUGAGUGAUGAGGUCCAGAAUGCUGUCAGUAGCUGAGAUAAUGGCAGGAGAACUGGUUACUGAGUCUUGGUUACUGAGACUCAACUUUCCAUAAUUACCUUUGUUUUAAGAUGUAGAGUAUUUCUAGGUCAUACAAUUUACUGCUAUAUUCCACAAAUGACCUCGAGGAGCCUUUGACUUGUUUGUGGCAGGAAGCUGCAUUGAAUAAUUUAAUGCCACAUCUUUGACAGAGUCACAGAGUUGUAGGAAUUGGAUGGGACCUCUGGAGAUCAUGUAGUCCAGCCCUUCCUAAUGCAGGUUCCUGACAGUGGGCCGCACAGGAGAGCGUUCAGGUGGGUUCUAAGUAUGUCCAAAGAAGGAGAUGCCAGCACCUCUCUGGGCAGCCAGGUCCUGUGCUCUGUUACCUUUAAAAUAAAGACAUUUUUCCCCCCCUACUCUGGUAGAAAGCUUAAGUGUGUUUUGUUCCAGCCAAUAUACGAACGUAUUUAAAACAUACUGUAAAUACCAUAUGCAUCGGAUUGAUAGAUAACUGGGUCACUAUUGUUGUUCCUCCUAUGUUGCUUUGUGAAACAAGGGCGAACAAAACUUAAUUUGGAAACAAAAUGAGGUAUCAUGGCAGCGAGGGUAUUACUCUUUAAGUAUUGUCUAAAAUGCUCAUAUCAGAUGCUGAGUUUUAAGCUAGUUAAUUAUGCAUUAGAAAAUGGUUUUUGCACUUAGUUCUGCACCUGAAAUAAUUUGCAUAUUGCUAAGAGUCCAUUUAACAAAAUGAAGCAAAGUAGUAAGUGCGUGCUUGCAGGAUAUAAUUAAGAUCAAAGAGUGCAAAGGGUGCAAAGGAGAAUGCUACCUUGAAAAUAUUAAUGUAAAUUUAAGUUAGAAGCCCUUGCAAUUCAGACUAAACUAUGUGACUGAGUUAGUCGCUGAGGUUGGGGUUUUUUUUUUGAGAACUUUAUUUUGUUAGAAAGUCUAGUGGAAGUCAAGGCUGCUACUCCUGAAAUGGAAAUGAGGAUUUACAACAGGGGUGUUUAUAAAACCAGCACUGAAAAAGAUAAUUCGGUAGCUAAUAGUUUGUAAAGUAAGAGCAGAGGCUGAAGGGGAUUUUAUAAUAAACUAAAUGCACUUAAAAUUGGGCCAAAAUUUGGCCUAUACUUGAUUUAUAUGACAUCUGUAAUACUAUAUAUAUAUAAAUAUAUAUUAAAAAUAUUGUGCAUAUUGGAGUUUAGCUUUUAAAAUUCUAUGCAUAUAUUUUUGUUACUGUAUUCCCCAAUAAAAGCGAGUAUCCAAAAAAUAGAACACAGAUUUCUCCACGUUAGGCAAGGGUAUAUGUUGACAGUACUUUGAGAACUGAUGUGGCUGUACCCCCCACUCUCCCCACCUUUUGGAGAGCUUUUAUUUUAAACAGAACAAAAAGUGCUUUCAAGUGCAAGCCCUGAUUUAGGUUGAGGAUCGUGUAACGGUUGAUGUAUAGAACUGCUGUUUAGAAGUUAAUGUCAGAACCUUUGGUUAUUGUUAAUGAUAUUUUUGUACUUGUACACUUUCUGCAGUUGUCGACUAAUAUUUAAAUUCAUAUUUACUGGUAACUGAAGUGUCUAACUUCAUCUGCCAAGAGUGUGUAAUAAACUACUGUUGGAUUCAGCUGUGUUCUGUUGUCUUUAUUCCUUCCACUUGGAUGCAGAUCACAAAUGUAGAGCGCUAAUCACAAAAAUCCCAAGCAACUGGCAUCAGGCUGUCAUGUAGCAAGGGCUGUUAGAACAGUGUUGCCUUCUAAGGUGUUUUAGAUGCAAAAGUCCUGGAAAAAGAGUGAAGAAAUAUUUAAAUGUCUUAACAUUGGUACUGUUGAGUUUCAUGUAUUAAAGUUACUGUUCAAAUUGCAUGCAGAGAUUAAAGUUACAUUCUUUCUUAACUUUUUUUCUACUAGUAGCACACUGAAUGAAUUUGGUAGGAUGCUCUUAUUGUGGCAGCUGAACUUGUUUUGCCCAUAAGCAGUGCCUGUUGUGGGCAGGAAGGAAAAGCUUCACCAAUACUGAAAAUGCUCAGGUUUGGGUUUCUGGUGGGUAUUUGAUGGGUACUUUCACUGCAAUUUAACUUAAUGAGGUAGCUGAUUAUAUUUGAAAUCAGAAUCCUUAGAGAACUCAAUGACAUGAGUUUGUAUUCUUUCAGUAACUCAUCUCCCAAGUAUGCUUUGAAAAUUGGCCAACUGUGGCUAUUUUUUUUAAUAGACUGUUGAGUAUCUGCAGCCUUCCAUAGAGGGCAUGUAGGCAGCAUGUUUGCAUGAGCAUUACUUCCUCAGUAAACGAGUCCAAUUACAGAAUACUAAUUUCAAACGCUUCAGUUUGUAUUGUCAUGAUCCCAAGAUGCUUUAACUCCUAUGUAACAAACAAACCACCAGAAAAUAUUGGUUUAAUUUAAUAUCUACAUAACUACUCUGGCUUUAAGCUUUUUUGAGAAGUGCAGCAAAAGUAGUUGGUUGUUGUAAGUCCCACUUCUCAUCUUUCUGCAGUUGUAUAGUAAAUACUAAGUGAGGAAGUUUAAGCAGUUAAGUGAUGUUUGAGGAGUAUUACCAAACACAUUACGAUGGGGGGAGUUGUGUUUAAAAGGAAGUAGAAGUGCUAUUUCAAGCCCAUUUAUUGAGCACUGUACAGUGUUUCUCCUUACAGUGCUAAUUGCAAGGAUUUAUGUGGUGCUAGUGUGCAGGGUUUGUGCAGGGUUCUACUUCUUACAUAAGGUAAGAACUUUAUGACUUAUAAUUUUCCUGCUACUUGAAGAGAUUGUGGUUUUUGUCCUGUCAAGGCCUUUUUGUCCUCUGUUAGACCUGACAAAAGAAGAAACCCAAAAUAGAAUAAAAGAGCUAUAUUAUGAAAACCUCAACCAGUGCAACUAAAUCUCACCUCUGGCAAUUUUAAUUAAUUGUUCUACUGAUAUUUGUAACUGGUUGUGGUUGCUGGGGAUGGAGAGGUGGGAAGAAGGUCUAUUAAAAGCACCUAGCUUGAUACCAAAGUAAAGCUUUAGUCCCUUGGUUCCAUUAAAAUGACUUUUAAGUUGCUGGUCUUUUUCAUCCUUCCUCCUGAAUAAAAUAAUUUCAAAGGGGAUUUAGAGUAGCUUAAACAUCUGAUGGAGCUUCGCUGAUAAGGUCAUGACAGUUGAGGUUCAUACUAUAAACUGCAACAAAAAGAUAUGGUUGGAGUUCUUUUGACCAGCCCGUCUUGGAGAAAUAAUACUGAACUGACAACUUGAUCUCUGCAGGCCUGAGAUACUGGAGAUGCCUGGAAGCCAUCUGCAUCUGGUCCUGGGCAAUCCUGCCAGAGGUGGCCCUCUGUGAGCUCGGGUUGGACCAGGCAGCCACCAGAGGUCUCUUCCAACCCCUACCAUUCUGAGAGACCAAUUUUUCCAUUGUGUUCCUUUUGCAUUCUGUGAGAUCAGAUUCAUUAGAUCACAAGAAUGAACCAGGUGAGGAGAAAUAAACUACACAGUUCUGCAGGUGUAACUGUAAAAAAUGGUAUAGAGAAGUGAUCCACACACCCUCGUAUCAAACAGGCAAAAACUGCAAACUGAAACAAUCCAAUAAGAUGUAAUUUAUGAAGACAUUUUAAAUCAACCUCAGGAAAUCCCAUUACCUUCUGGUUCUUCAGCUGUAGGAAAUCUGUGGAUGGAGCUAUCCCAGACUCCUGACAGCUUCAGGAACAGCGUUUGAGAUGUCUGCAAUUGAGAAGAUUGAGGAGCAGUUUGCCAGUCUGCGCAUAGCAAAGCGCUCUGUGCUCAGUGAGGAACCCGCGUACCUGCUGGAUAUAGACGUCUCUGGAUCUGCUCAGUCUGCAAGCAGUCGCUUUGUGGCAGUUUCAUGUUCCAAUAAAUCAAUUAGGGUCUAUAACAGAGAAACACUGAACUUCCUGCGGGAGUACAGUAGCUGUCCUGGGACACUUAACGGCGUCAGAUUUGCACACGUGUGUGACAGCUUGGUGUUUUCUGCAUGCAGUGAUGGUAUGGUAAAAUGUUGGGAUAUUCGUUUAGCAACUCAGAAAGCUGCGCAGGUAUUUAGUGGCUAUCCUUCCAACGUGUUUAUCAGUUUUGAUAUCAAUUGCAGCGAUCUCAUGAUUUGUGCUGGAACAGAAAAAGUAGAAACUGAUACAUUCCUGGUGUUCUGGGAUGCGAGAGGCAGCACAGACUGUGCCAGCACAAUUAGGGAACCAUUGGGAGUGUACUCUGAAAGUCACAAUGAUGAUGUUACUAAGAUUUGUUUUCAUCCUGUCAAACCCAGUUUGGUCGUUUCUGGGUCGACCGAUGGCUUGGUUAACGUGUUUGACAUUAACAAGGACAAUGAAGAUGAUGCUUUGAUAUCAACCUGUAAUUCAGAUUCAUCAGUAAGUUUUAUUGGCUGGUCUGGGAAAGAUUAUGAACAGAUCUACUGCACGACCCACGAUGAGGGAUUUUGUUGGUGGGACCUUGCUCAGUUAGAUACCGAAGAACCAAUAAUGCUAUUGCGUGUUCUGGAUGCCAGAGACGCAGUCUGCAUUGAAAAUGGCAGCUUAAAUUACCUGGUAGGUGGCAUGUACCAUGAAAAGGCAGACAGACUCUUUCUGAUCGGAGGAACGGCAACAGGAGACGUUCAUCUGAUAAGCUGCAGUGCUGCUGGGCUGAGCCUGGUGGGUACCCUUCCAGGGGGACACUCUGCCACUGUUCGCUCUUUCUGCUGGAACCCAACAGAGGAGUCGCUGUUGACGGGAGGAGAGGAUGCCCAGCUGUUGUUGUGGAGGCCCGGAGCUGUGGAACGCUCCCUGGCUAAGAAGAUGUCCAUGAAGAUUGCUUCUUCUGUGCAGAAGAGAGUGAGAGUUCACAACAGCUCCCUCAAAAGCAGGAAAAAAUAAAAUGCUGGGAACGGGAGCCCGCUCCAUAGAGUGUUUCAGUUUGCUUUAUCCUUCCAGGCAAUACUUGGCUGCUGCUGUAUUUGGAGGUGUUCUGUGGAAAGAACUGCAAUACGUGAAUUCUGCUUGGGAACUUACAUACAUCAGUCAUCAGAUGAGUGCCUUUCUUAAAAAAAAAAAAAAAAAAAAAAAAAAAAAAGUUGCUAAUAUUAAUCUGAAAAGAGUAAAUGUUUGCUCACUGGUUCAUGAAGAACACAUCUUCAAUCACUUUUUUAUAAAAAUACUUUUUAUGGUUGUUUAAUGUCUCAGCCAACAUUUUAAUGCAUAAUAUAGGCCUGUGACUUGCAUAAUUUGUUACUUUCCCAGUGAAAUUCCCUGGCAUGUUUUAAAAGCUUUUGUAUUUCAAGCUGUGUUUUUCUUUCUUUACAGAGAACUUAAUGAAAUCGCUCAAUAUAUUAAAAGAUUUUAUGUCGCUUCUUAA